AGAAUUUUCCAUUAAUUUUAUUUUCUUGUCAUUUUCAACGUUGUAUAAAUAGUUGCUGUAGAUGGGUUCUCUGACACAGUGCUUAAAUAUACACCGAUAUACAUACACCUAAACUUGUAUGUAUACUUGUCCUCUGCAACGGCUACUUGGUUUACAGGAUCAUUUUUCUUUAUUUAUGGUGUUUUGAGUGUUUCUGGGCUUUUGUUUAGUGGGGGUUCAGUUGUUGAGAAAAGGGCCAAAAAAAAAAAAAGGAAAAGAAAAUAAACCCAGAAGAAAAUGAACUACCAGAAUGACAAUGACAUGUGGGAGUGGCAAGGUCAGGAUUAUUGUCUUGAGGAUGACACAAGUAUAGGAGAAAUGUCUAAGUCCCUGUUGAAUGGAGUGAACCAAAAUGUAGACCAUAUGUCUUAUUUGUUUGAUGGAGAAGCUACCCCCGUCAAGGCUUGUGGAGACUUGGCUUACCACGUUACCAACAAUGGAAAGAGUUGGAGCAAUACAGGGAGCCUUCCUCUCAAGUAAAAAGGCGUCGGGUGCUACAGUUUGAGUCUGAAGUUCUGGAUGCACCUCUUUGCAAUGACGAGGCCUUUUUAAGAUCUAAGGAGACACCGGAUUCUCUUGAAGAUGCUUUAUCUGAAAUGUCACAGUGGGUUGCUGGAUUCACAGAAGGCACAUCUGCGUCCAGUAAUGACUGUCUGGACCCGUCAUCUGAAGGGUGGAUUGCUGAUUGCUUUAAUGAUGCCGGGAUGCAUUUCUGCACUGAAGAUAUCAGCAAUGCAUCUGGAGCAUCUGAUGUUCAAAUUGAUAUUACGGAGCUUUGCGAUACCCCUCCAGAAUAUGAUGCUAAUCCCGUAAGAAAACAUCCUGUUCAUACUAAUGGAAAUGUUGUUUUCAAAGGAAGGAAAUCAUACAUGCGUACACCUCCAAAACUAGCCUCGUCCGUUGUCUACCCAUUUGCCUUCAUCAAACCAUGCGGUGCACACGGACAUGUCACUCUUAAGGACAUAAACCAAAGGAUACAUAACCCGCCAACCACAAAGCCAAACGAAGAAGACCCCGUUUCUUUUCCCACAUCAGCAUUUUCUGGGAAACCCGUUGUUGGGAAAACUAAAAUCCGCACAGAAGGUGGUAAAGGUAGCAUUACAAUCAUGAGAACCAAAGGGUAAGUAAAAUACCAGUGCUUUGCCAAUACUUUCUGGAGGUACAUCUUUGUUGCUCACCAUGAACAAACUGCAGCAGAAGCUAACUUUCAGUUGACUCCAACCUAUUUUUUGCUUUGCUUAUGAUCUGAAUUAUUUGGUAGUACUUAAGGAUCUCGACUUCUAGUUGAUCCUCGCAUUUCUCGUCAUCCUUCAGAGGAAAACUUCAUCAGCUUUCGUAAUAUUAAUGUGAAAAGCAUGUAUCUCGUCGGUAUUUCUAGUUACCAGAGUGAUCGUCUACUGUUGUAUGUUGUACUCUUCGUGGAACUUGAAUGUUUAGAUCUUCAUUAGUUCAACGAUGUCCCCAUCUCAUCUUGAGGGUUCUCAGGAAUUUUGUGGAAAGGAUGGACAUUGUCACAUGUAUUUAAAUCUUCUUGAUGCAGCUGAGGUUUAAGGGGUUUGAUAUCUGAUUUCUACUACCAGAAUGAGUAAAUUGUUAUA